UAAUCAAAUCACUCCAUCCGACUUCACCAUUAAACAUAUCUUUGGGAUUCCUGUGUUGCAUCUCAUGCUUUUUACAUUUUUAAUAAGUACUCAGGGCAGAAUGAAAUAAAUUAGUAUUAGCUUGCUGUUCUUGGUUAUCAGUAGCAUCCAUCUCAAGAAUCAACAUCAGGUUUUAGCUGAACAGUAAACUGAUGACUCAUUAGUGUCGUCUUUCGGACUCGGACCCGAGAACUACAGAGUGAGCUGCAGAUACAAUGCGCAUGCAUGAACUGAAGACUCGCAUGAAGGAGUGAAAGUUUCGUUAAUAUUAUACAGUGAUUGGGGCAGUAAGUCAGAGGAUUCAGUACAUCUUCACCAUUCCUAAAACACAGUUCUCAUUGGCUGCUGUGAUGAACCAUUAGUGAAGUUAGGAGAGAUGUCUUCAUCAGUGGAUUCAUGUGCCUUGAUUUGAAACAAAAGGAAUACACUGAUAAGAGAGAAGAAAUGGAACUUCACAGCACACCAGUUGAAAAAUGGACAGAGGAUAUGGUGAGCUUGUGGUUGGCUUCCAUAGGAGUGAAAGAAAAUUACAUUAAAACACUUCAUGAACAGGAAGUAGAUGGCCAAGUCCUCCUUACAAUCAAAGAGGAAUUUUUGAAAAAAGAGACUGGAAUGAAAUCUGGUCCUGCACUUCUGAUAAUAGAAAGAAGAAAUGAGUUAUUCAAGACUCACAAUGUUCAGACACAGCAGAAUACACAGAAAGAAGAACAAAUGAAACAAGAUGCUGUGAAUAUAAGAAUAAAAAGAGAAACAAAGCCACGAUCUUUUGGCAAACCAGACACUAGUUGCACAUAUGUAAAGCAUGAUGUUCUUCAGCCUGAAACAGGUGUCAUUGAUCUUAUAACUCCAUGUCGUGAGUACAAGUCAUUCAAUACAGCUGCAACUUUAGAUCGCACACGACUUCAAGCAAAGCUGGCAUAUGAAGUUCUUAAAUUUGCCACAGGAUGCAUGAACAUGAGAUCCAAUGGCACAAUACACUUCGGUGUUAUGGACAGCAGAGAUGGUUCUGGCCAUGUACAUGGUGAAAUCAUUGGCAUUCCCAUUAUGGAAAAAGACAUGUAUACUGAUGCACUGAAUCACAUUGAAAAGUGUUUUAAGAGAGAUAGUGAGAUCGUUCGACAGUGUAUAAGGCCACCUGAGUUCAUUCUGGUAAUCGAACCCAACAGUAAAGAACAGCACUAUGUGGUUGAAUUUGAUGUAGAACCUUCAGUAACCUUAAUAAGAGGAAAGGUGUUCCCUGUCUGCUUACAAAAAUUCAAGGAGGAGUCCAAUAAAACAGUUCCUGAAAAAGAAACAGUAUAUUGCAGAGUUGGUGCUGAAACAAAACCAGUUGGUGAUAUUCAUAAAUUUCACCAGGAAGUUAAUAGCAAAGAUACACAGAGAGAGACAGCAGAGAAAUCACGUAGUGUCACACGUCCAGAACUCUGCGAAGAUCUUGAAAGAAAACUCAUCAUGCUUAUAACAGAUGGGAAGAAACAAAUUGAAAAGGACAAAUGGUACAUACUUGUUACAAACAAGUUUUCAGAGCAAGAUCUUCAGCACAUACAUUUUUUGUUGAACAUGCAUUUAUUCUGCGUGUUUGACUUUGACCCAGAUUCUAUGGUGUCUGGAUUAUGCCAUGAAUAUGAUAAACACCAUAAAGUGAACCUGCACUUCAUGCACAACUACAAAAUUCCAAGUGACAAGAACAUCAGAGAAUUUGUGAGUCAUCUACAUUUGUUUGAACAAACAAGCUGGAUAUUUUGUAAUGGACGAAAUGAUUUCAGUGGGAACGAGACUCCUUGUGAUGAAAAUACAUGGUGUAAAACAAGGAGGACUUUCCUAAAGGAUUGUGUAUCAUUGAUAUGCAAGGAUAUCUUACCCAAGGGAACCUUCCUUGUGAUCUUCCUUCUCACAUCUCCUGUUGAGAAACCUAUACUGAAGACAUUCGAAGAGUUUUUCACUGACAUGCAAGGUCAUGAAGAUAUUAUAUGCAUCUCAGAAUCAGAAGGGAACUUUCAGAAAUGGGAAGCAUUUGCUCUUGAAAUCUGUGACAAGGAAACAGUAAACCAAUCAAAUGUAGUAGGAUUGAAAAUGAGUCACCUCAAUGCAACUGUGCAACAAAUCCAAAGCCCCAGUACAUAUGUAAAAAAGCUCUUACCUGUGUCUGUCAAAGCAAAAUGCCAUCUUGAGAUGCGUGAUGAGGAAACAAUGUACUCCUUGGAGAUUUUAGGCCUGAAUCACUGUGAAGACAUCAGUGCAGAGGAGGUUGAGUCAAAGAAAGCAGACAUAGAGAGAGACUUUUAUCGUGGAGGAAAAGUGACAUGGAUGAACUUCUGGCUUGCAGAAAAUAAUCGUGUUGGGGAAAUGAUUCGAAGAGAUGCUUAUCAUGAGGUGACCAAAAUUCUGAAGAGCAUUCUUAAAUGGAGUUCAGAUCAACCACCUGUCAAAUGUAUCAACAUAUACCAUCAUGCAGGCAGUGGAGGAAGUACAGUGGCAAGACAGGUUCUGUGGAACCACAGAGAGGAUCUAAGGUGUGCAGUUGUGAAGCCAUCAAACUCUGUUAGCACAGUUUCAAAUCAUGCUCUGAUGCUUCGGGAGUAUGAGGAAAAAGAUCCACAGAAAUGUCUCCCUGUUCUCUUACUUGUUGAAGAUUAUGAUAAUGAGUAUUCAGAAGAGUUAAAGCAUGAAUUAGAAACAGCUAUCAACACAAAGAAAAUUGCCCAUGGAAUACCAUGCUUCAUUCUCCUUCUCUGUAAACGAUCCCACGAUUCAGAGAAAAUGUCAAGAGGGUCACCUUUAAUGAGCGUCUCUGUGACUCACAAGCUUUCACCAAAAGAAAAAGAACAAUUUGGAAGAAAACUAGAUGUGCUCCAACAACAGUUCAAGCCGGAGUUCAUUGUAACAUUUGUCUUAAUGUGUGAAGAAUUUAAUCAUGAAUAUGUGAAAAAUCUUGUACAGCAUUUAUUACAGGAUAUUGAUCAUGCAUCUGUUGAAACACAGCUGAUUCAAUACGUAGCUCUGCUCAACACCUACGUGGAGAACUCUUUCAUUUCUCAGUCACAUUGUAAACGCCUCCUUCAUUUCCAGCGCUCCCUCUAUGCAGAAAGAUUUCCACAACACAUAUUUGAGCAAUCUCUGAGUGAGCAGUCUAAAUUGGUCUUUAUACAUUUUAAAGAUGAAACAACCCACAUUAACUCGAUCAAAAUCAUCCACCCAUUGGUAGCAAAGGAAAUUCUCCAUCAGCUUUUGGGGGACAAACAACAAAGUGACCUUGCACUUGAACUUCUCAGCAAUGACAUGCUCUUCAAUCACAGAUUUGGGGGUGAAGAGUACAAAAAGGUUCUUCGUGAACUCUUCAUAAGACGCUACAAAAUUAGCAAAGGUGAUAAAUCAGACACUUUUUUCUCACCUCUCAUUGAGCAUGUGAGACAAAAUGAAAAGGCAGAAAACGCUAUUAAGCUACUUCAUGAAGCAUACAAAAGAUUUGACAGGGAUGCAUUUUUUGCUCAACAGCUAGCUCGUCUGUUUUACUGGAAUGAAAAUUUUGUUGAGGCAGAACAGUGGGCAGAAACUGCAGCAAAUAAAAUGCCUAAAAACUCCUACAUUCUUGAUACCAAAGGUCAGGUGUACAAAAGAUGGUUCACAACAAAAAACAAAGCAGUGGAAAUGACUCACCCAAAAACACCAGAGUGCACAGCAGAUGCCAUUGAAACAGCACUUAAAGCCAUUGACUGUUUUGAAAAAUGUCAGAAGGUAGCUGUUGGAGAAACUGAGACCAUGAACAACUCAGGAUUCUUUGGAGCUGUAGACGUGGGGUGCAGCUUGUUAGAGCUAAUUUCGUCAGUAGAUGUGUUCUCGGGUAAACAUGAUGGUCAUUCUGAAUUACAGAAGUACCUGUGUACAGACCACAUUCCUAAGGAGGUUGAAGCACCAUGGGAAGACUUUCACUACAAACUCAAAAACCUUCAGCUCUUAAUGUGCAAGGCUUUGGAGUGGAUAUCAGAAGAAUUGAGUUAUUUCCAGACAGACCUGAAUAUAAAUGAGGAGGAAACCUCCAAGGCCUCAGAGCUGACCGUACGUCGCCCAAAAAACUGGCUGGUUGCCAAGUCCUCUGUUUAUGGCAAGUUCUUCUGUGAGGUCUCACCCAGCAAUCAGAAGUUCAAUUUGGAUCAAAUGACUGACUUCAGCAAACGCAUGGCUAUCUCCCAGCUUGGUGGAGGAAACUUUACCACAAUCUUCUCCAUCCUGGAUCAGAAAAAUAAAGACCAAGUCACAACUUUAGAGAAUAUAAUUUCACUGUAUCCAGAGAGUGCUAAAAUGGAUCAAGUGGAUCGUGCCAACUACAUAGCAUCACAUAUUGCCUUAAGUGCAAUCUCUCCUAGGUCACCUAAGCUGGCUGUCCUCAAAGAACUGCAAAAGAUCAGCCGCUCAUUUCUUCAAGGCAAAUCAAAAUGCCCAUCAAAUGCUCUGGUUUUGUGCACACUCCUUUUUUGGCCAGAAAAAUUUGACACUGAACAAGAAAAAGAGGACAAAUAUAAAACAAUUCGAAGUGCAGUCAUAUUGCUCCAACAAACAUACAAAACCAAAAUGAAGGAUAUUCCAGCCAGAAGGAGGCGGAUUUUCACCCACUUCUACCUGGGAAAAGGAUCUGGCUAUGACAAAUUUGUCCACAAGAAUAAAAUUGAAACGUUCAAAAAAUUUUCCUCCGUUUCGGUAACGCGUCAAAAAUGGAUUGAAGGGGAAAUGUGGAAAACACCAGAAAUUACGCGAGAGCUUUUGCGUGUAAAUGGCUGGACAGAAGAUGGAAACGUAUACCUUGUGGGCCCUAAAACAGAAAAGUUUUCCAUUCAUCCACUUCAUGAAAGUUCAGUGCCUACUGGAAAUGAAAAUGUCACCUUCUAUCUAGGCUUCACCUUUAGGGGACCCGUUGCAUGUAACAUCACAAUAAGAAAAUAGGCAAAAGCCCAGCUACAAAGAUGAUAACUAUAAAAAGGAUGCCUAGGAUGUAGUACAAUAUACUCCUAAGUUAACUGCCCAAUUUCUUUGAAAGCUUUAAAUGAGACAUAAAAUUCACUGAAAUAGCAUUUAUCAUGCAUAAUGUGAAGUAUAAAGGGAGAUUAUUGUACAAUUGUUAAGUCUGUUAAAAAUGAUCUGGGUUUUAUAUUCUGGUGUGACUGACUGUAUGUUUUGAUGAUCCAGUGGACCUGCCAAUCAAUUAGGAGAUAUCUCUCAAAAAAGAAAGGCCAUCUUACUGCCCUGAUCAAAAGAACGGAUAAGCGAAUUGUAAUGAUUAACAGUGUUUUGAAUUUACAUAUAUUAACUGACCCGUGAAAGCCCCACCCCCUUUCCUUCAUCUUGUCUUGAUUCAAUUUUCAUGCCUAAAAUAUGCAGGAAAUGGGGUCCUUGUUUUCUGUUACUGCAAAUAGAGUUCAUUAAUGUAAAAUAAAAAUCAGUUUGUUUCACAUGUGAACAUUCAACAUGUGUAAAGUUAACAUUAGUUUGCUGACAUUAUAUUUAUUAGAAAUUCCCCUCAAAUUUCAGCCACCAAAAAUUUUUGAAAAAAAAAAAAGGCUGAACAAUUUUCGGAAUAGAAAAUUGAUUUAACAGGCCUUUACCUACAUGUCAAAUUUUAAUUACAUAAAUAAAUUCAGUUGUAUUGAAAUUUUUAAGAUGACGAGAUUUUUGCUCUGUGUUGGACAGCAUGUACAUGUUCAGACAGUUUGAUCAGCAGGUCAACAGCAUUCUUCCUCUUAAAGGUUGGCAGGUGUGUAUUUAGUGUGAUUAAUCUUAUCCAUAAUAAGAAGAACCUGUGUUUUUAGGUGUUCUAUCUUGUGUAUUCUUUGGUCUAAAUGAGCUUAUUCUUCUCUUAUUGUAUUCUUUUAUUUUUUAACCAUGGUAAUCAGCAUCAAGUUUAACUAAUAGUAAAGUAGUAAUGAGGGGCAGAAGAGCAAAUCACUGAGGAGUAGUGUAAAUCAAGCCCCAAUAAUAGACUGAGAGACUCCACAGACAAGAAAGAAACAAGGUCUCUGGAAGUCUCUGCUGUCAGAGGGAUCUGUGAGAUUGAUUAUUUUUUUUUUUUUUUGUUUUGUUUUGUUUUGUACCAUGAAUUAGUGCAUCAUCUCUUCUUGUUGAUCUCCCUACUUAAAUAAACUUGACAAAGGCAGCUUUUGCUUUGUGCAUUUUUUUUGUAAUUCUAAUACAUUUAGGAAUAUUUGCAUAUAAUUGUAUGCUUUCAAUUCUUUUAGCUAUAAUUUUGUUUUUCUCUGACUUCAUAUCGAUAUCAUUAAAAGUGCAUAAUAUAAACAAAUGAUUAAAACUAUACAUUAUAAUUAAACAUUAACAACCAUGAGGGUACACAAAUGUAGUGAAGUAUAGAUAAAUUUCUGUGAAACAAAAAUUAACUUGAGUAGAAGUAUAAAUGAGGCCAGCUGAAACUACUCUUAAAAGUACAUUAUCCCCCCUUACACAAAAUUACUCACGUAAAUGUAUUUUAUUACUACCCACCUCUCAAUGUCAUCACAUCUACAACAUUAUGAGUGAAAAGUGGCUCUAUCUGCCUUGGAGUCACCGGUCAUAGAGAAAAGAAUAUUCAAUUUUUUUUUUUUUUUAACUCCUAUUUCUCUAUUUUUUUUUAACUCUAUAAUCUCUAAUUUUACACAAUCAAAAAAGAACUAUGUAAAUCAGGCAUUCAUUAACACCACACUGACUAAUGAAUCACAAAUUCAAUCUAGAAUUUUUCAACUAACAAAACUCACGUAAUGAAAGCCACAGACACAUGAAUAUAACAGUAAACAUAAUAAAUGGCUUUAGCUGAAUGAAAAGUCUUUCUGUACUCUAACCUGUUCUGAGAACUUAGAAUAUAAUUGAUUCUGUCACACUGCUACCAUCAUGUUUUCUGUCAUGGCAAACCAUUUCUGAUUUUUACAUGUAAUAAAUCAACCACUUUGUGCUCUUAAAACAAUAAAGGCAAUAAAAAUGA